UGUUUUCUCCAACUUUUUUUUAAAAAAAACGACAUCACGAUGUUGUGUUUAAUGUAAUGAGUAAUGACACACGAGUUGUUUUGUUUUUGUUUUGUUUUUCGCCUGAUUAGGACACGUCGUAAAGGUUUCACAUUAUAUGGACUGCGUUUUAUUGUAAUUUUAUUUUUUUACUAGUAUUACACUUGUCAAUUUCUCGAUUCAACUGGAUGAAAUUGACCUGUUAUGGAUUUACUUACGUAGAAGUCCGACUAUAGUGUGGUAUUUGGAUAUCCAUUUUGAUCGUGUUGUGGGUCUCUCGGUAUUGCUUUUCUCGUCUACAAUGAUGCGUUGCAGGAAGUGCAGAAAACCCUGAAAAUAGUACCAAAUGUGUGGAUAACAUUAUAAAUGAAGAUAUGAAGAUACCUAAAUCUAAAAAGUUGACAAAUUUCCAGAGCAAGAAAAUCCAUAAUCGAUGUCACUCGAAAUCUAUUAUGAAGCUCCUGUUAUGUAUGCCUUUAAAUAUCAGGCUUACUGCUUGGAUGGCGCCUAUAUUGAACUUUUCGGUGUUGACCGUCGAAAUGACCACCGUGUCUUGGGUAGAGGAAGACGUUAAUCGUCCUCCGGUCGCCUCAUUGAACAGCACACAUGCCACAGCCGUCACGAAUUUUGUAUCCAUCGUCUUCAUCAAUCGUACAGGGUAUGCAUCCUCCUUUCACAAUUCCCCGAUUGAAAGGUUGACAAUAUUAACUUGACUUUUUAAUGUGUUUAAGAAUGCCAUAAACUGAUAAUUGUACUUUCAACUAGAUGGUAGCUAACCACCAGACUCGUAGAAGUUAUGCCGGUGCAUAACUGUUAUUUUCUUUGAGUAAAUGGUCGAUUUUAUCCAGUUUAUUCGAAUAGUAACUUUUAAUCCAUUAAGGGCUGAUGUUAGAAAAUU